AUGGCAGCGGGGCCCACCCCAUCCGCCGCGGCGGCGUCGUUCCGGCCGCCGAUCCCGCCGCCGCCGCCGUGCUUUGACUACCGGGCGGCCGUGCUCGCCGACACGCGCGCCGCCGCCGCCGCCGCGGGGGACCCCGCGCUGGCGGGGCUGGUGGAGUCCGGCGCGCUCGUGCGCGUCCCGCGGCGGCGGUUCGGCCCGGUCCCGGCGUGGCGCCCGCCGGACUUCGUGGAGCCCGAGGACGUGUGGAUCCUCGGCACCUCGCACCUCUCCCCGGACUCCGUCGCCGACGUCGAGCGCGUCCUCCGCGCCGUCCAACCCGACAACAGCCCUCACUGCAGAGCUGGAAUCAUGUACGUGUCCAGUGAUUCUUCCGACGAGCCGCUUUUGAAGUCCAACAUGUUCUCUCUCGGUGGCUCCAAGUUCUUCGGUGCAGUCAACAGAAGCAUCAACCUGGGUGGGCAGAGCGCCCUUGCUCUGCGUCUGCUCCUCGCUGUUUUUUCUUCUAAAAUUUCUUCCAAUGCGAACCGGCCGUUUGGAGAAGAGUUCCGGGCAGCUAGGAGGGUGUCUGAAGACAUUGGUGCUCAGCUUGUUCUUGGCGAUCGCCCGAUUGAAAUAACUCUUGAACGAGCAUGGAAAUCCCUCACCUGGGAUCAAAAGACAAAGCUACUAAUCUCACUGUUCCGCGGGAUUGCUUCCACAACUGACACGCCACAGGAUGAAAAAACUGCUGUCAGCCCAUAUGAGUUGUAUGAGAAGCUUAGCACAUCUUAUCCUGCACUGCUGCAGCCUCUCAUACAUGAACGCGACAUGUUCCUUGCAUGGUCGCUGAAGAGGAGCAAGGCUGUGAACAAGAGCAAAACUGUCGUCGGAGUUGUAGGGAAGGGGCACAUUAAUGGCAUUGUGUACGCGCUGAUCUCUGAUCAAGGGGAUUUGAGAUUCCGAGACCUGGUUGGUAGAGCAUCAUCUGAUACAUGGGUUAGCUCACUCAUCAAGGGCCUGGAAAGUGCAAUUUUAUUUUUUCACAAGCCAAAGGAAAGGCAUGUUCACCAUUUUGAAAACAAAGGAAAAGAGAAGGCCGAAAACAGAAAGGCCUACAAGGCCCAUUCAUGCAUACUGCACAUUAGCAGUCUCCUGGUUCAGAAAAAUCCAUAUAUUACCUUUCUAACUUGA